AUGGAUUUGUCAGUAGAUGCGGACACCAAAGAUGCAAAUGUAAUGCUCGGUUCGCUCAUUCUUUUCUUUGCCACUGGCUGGCUUUUUUACACGAAACAGCUAUUCAAAAACUAUGAAGUUUAGUUGAUUUGGAAAGAUUCCCGCGUAAUCUAGAUUGAUUUCAGGUGCACAAUCGAAUUGUCCAAUUCAUAUUCUCCCUGACUUUCGCGUUCUCAUGCAGUCUCUUCGAGCUGAUCAUCUUCGAAAUCGCGGAUGUCAUGGCUCCUCUGUAAAUGCGAUUUUGACUGAACCCAUCUCAAAUCUAUAUUCGUUUCAGGUCCCGAUCCCGUUGCUGGACGUUCUGUCUUUCUCUGAUCCUUGUCCUUCUUGUCGUUGUCAUUCCCAUUUAUUCGGCAUCUCUCAUGGUUCGCUGCAUGGUUCGUAGUCCCUUCCGAUUGCCGCUUUCCGUCGGUCUCUGGCUGAUCUUCAUCUAUUUCUUCUGGAAAAUCGGCGAUCCGUUCCCGAUGCUCAGUCCACAGCACGGAAUCUUCACGAUCGAGCAGGUCAUCUCAAGAGUCGGCGUCGUCGGAGUCACCAUUAUGGCCAUUUUGUCCGGAUUCGGAGCGGUUAAUGCGCCCUACUGCUACAUGACUCUGUUCACAAGACCAGUGAGUUCUGUUGGUGUCUAGCAAGGCAAGUAUCAGACUUGCAGGUCGAAGAGUUCCACGUGUGUCAGUUGGAGAAGAAACUGUUGCACACGAUGGAUUUGAUCGUUCUCAAGAAACGGAAAGCGGCCCGAUACGAGAUGGAAAAGAAGAGAUUGUCAGGAGACAGAAAGCAAAAGGAAAGCACCCUCUUCGAACGAUUUAUGGGGAGUUUCAGUGAAAAGAGCAGCGGAUCGACGUUGGCUUCUCAAAUUGAGUACGGUCGGACACUGUUCGGCCAAUCUAAGAAUCAGAUUGCAGACGUCUGAAAGAAGAUAUAAUUCCCCUGGAGACCCUCGCCCGUUUUCUGUUUCUGGAUCUCGUAGAAAUGAGACAAAUGCUGAAUAGAGUGGAGUUCAGCAAGACGUUUCUCGGCAUUUACUUCAAUGUCCUCGGCCACUUUUUUUCGCUUUACUGCAUUUGGAAAAUCUUCAUUUCCUUCAUCAACAUCGUUUUCGACCGAGUCGGAAAAGUGGAUCCAGUGACGAAAACUAUCGAGAUUGGAGUGCAUUGGAUGGGCAUUCAACUGGACAUCUCGUUCUGGUCCCAGUACAUUUCGUUCUUCCUGGUCGGCGUCAUCGCAGUCACUUCCGUGCGCGGCCUCCUCAUCACAAUGACCAAGUUCUUCGUGUCGAUCAGCAACGCUGCCUCUUCACUAUCCAAUAUUAUCGUUCUUUUCAUGGCACAAAUUAUGGUAACUGCUGAUCGUAAACAAGGAAAAAACCGUUUCUUGCAGGGAAUGUACUUUGUUUCGAGUGUUCUUUUGAUGCGAAUGAAUGUGCCGGCACAGUACCGGACGAUUCUGACCCGGAUUCUCGGGGAUCUCAAGUUCAACUUCUACCAUCGCUGGUUCGAUGUCAUCUUUCUCAUCUCGGCCGUCUCUUCCAUCGUCUUCCUGACUCUUCUUCACAAGUCGGGAUCUUCUUUGUUCAGAGCUUGA